AUGCUGUGUGCUAUCUCUGGAGAGGCACCGCAAGUGCCCGUCGUCUCGCCUAGGAGCGGCAGUGUUUUUGAAAAGAGGCUCAUCGAGGCUUACAUCGCCGAAAAUAGCAAAGAUCCAGUGAAUGGGGAGGAGCUUUCCACCGAAGAUCUCAUCGAGGUUAAGAGCCAGCGCGUCAUCCGACCCCGACCUCCUACUCUCACCUCAAUCCCGUCGUUGCUCAGCGUAUUUCAGGAGGAGUGGGAUGCUUUGGCUCUGGAGACAUAUACACUACGGCAGACUUUGGCUCAAACACGGCAAGAACUGAGCGCCGCACUUUACCAGCAUGAUGCGGCUGUUCGCGUGAUCGCACGAUUGACAAAGGAACGAGACGAGGCUCGCGAUGCGUUGUCCAAGGUCACAGUCAGUGCUAGGGGUGCUGCGGCUACGGGUGAAGCUAUGCAGGUGGAUGCGACUGGUUUGCCCGAGGAUGUUUUGGCCCGGGUAGAAACCACCCAGGCUUCGCUUUCUAAGACUCGCCGUAAGCGUCCAGUCCCUGAGGGCUGGGCUACAAGUGACGCGAUUUCUGCGUAUACACCCGCGGAGAGUACUGGCCCUCUCUACCCCGGUGGCAGAACGCUAUCGCUGAAUGCGUCUGGUGAACUGGCGCUGGUUGGGGAUGCUAACGGGGUUGUUGGCGUGUACUCGAUUGCUCAGAAGGAGGUUCUUCAUAACUUGCAGGUAAACGGGCCUGUCACUGAUGCUACGUGGGCUGGUGAGAAGGCUAUUGUUGCUUCCUCCACAGGUUCUGUGAAGGUGUUUGAGAAUGGUAAUGAAGUUGCCAACUUUACUUCUCAUGCCGGUGCAGCAACUGGUCUUGCUGUGCACGCAACCGGCGAUAUUGUCGCCUCUGUUGGCGCCGAUAAGAGCUAUGUGCUGUAUGACCUAACAGCAAACUCUGUGAUCAUGCAGAACUUCAGCGACGCUUCUCUUCUGUCUGUGAAGUUCCACCCUGAUGGCCAUCUCCUAGCCGCUGGUGGCGCAGAUGGGCAGAUUAAAAUCUACGACAUCAAAACCGGCGCUGUGGCCGCGAACUACGACCUUUCUGGCCCCGUCAAGUGCCUCUUCUUCUCCGAAAACGGCACCUUCUUGGCUGCAGUGACCGAGAAGUCUACUAUGGUCUCUAUCUGGGAUCUGCGUAGCUCCAAGGAAGUCAAGGUCCUCGAAACUGGCAGCCAGGUCGAUUCAAUCAACUGGGAUUACACAGGUCAAUUCUUGCUUACUGGCGGACCCGGUGGCUUGACGGUCCAGCAGUACUCGAAGGCGUCGAAGGCCUGGUCGGAACCCCUGCGGAGUGCGGUGCCUGCGACCGCGGUGGCAUGGGGCGCUGUAGCCCAGAGCAUAGUGGCGCUGAAUACCGAUGGCGGAGUAACGGUGUUGACGGGUCAGUAA